AUGGUGCUCAUAGGUUGUGAAGUCAUUCUGCCAGGUUUCGUGAACGCUCACUCCCACGCAUUUCACCGUCAUCUCAGAGGGAAAAGUGGAAUCGGUGGCAAAUCAGCUGACACGUUCUGGAAAUGGAGGGACAACAUGUACGCGCUCGUAGACGGCAUUACAACAGAGAAGCUCUACGAGUACUGCUAUUGCACGUUUCGCGAGAUGCUCGAAGCAGGUAUAACCACCGUAGGAGAAUUCCACUACGUACAUCACGGCACGAGCAAGUUCGACUUGGACUCGGCAGUUUUGAAGGCAGCACAGGACGCUGGCAUUCGGAUUACCCUCAUUCAAACUUUCUACGAACACGCCAGCUUUGACCGAACACUACUGCAUCCUGUUCAGGAGCGAUUUGUUUCCAGUUAUCACGAUUUCAUCGAAAAUCUCAACAAACUGUUAACGUUUGUCAGCCAAACAGUCACUAUUGCGGUGGCAGGUGACUGUUGUUCCUUUUAA